AACUUCUGAAGGCGCAAGAAAGAGCGCCUGUAUUCAAUUUGAAAAGAAGGAAAACAUCAGGUAGUAACAUACUGAUCUGGAGUCAUGAGUUUCUCUCCGAGUCCACUGAGCCCGAUGAGCGGCCGCAGUAUUCAGGAGCAGAGAGAGCGCUGGGAGAGGAAGAGGAGUCGCACGGCCCGAGAGAUGAUCCAGAGUGAGCAGAGAUACUGUCAACAGCUGGAACUGGUGGUCACGUACUUUGUGGAGAUCUUGAAGGCCAAAGGAACCCUCAGGCAGGACAUUAGAGAAAGCAUCUUCAGUUCAAUUAAAUCCAUUCAUUUAAUAAACCAGACACUACUUGCUCAUCUAGAAAUGGGGAGGUUUGGCAUUGGUUUCGAGGAGUUCUGCACUCAUCUGCAGUUGUACAACACAUACAUUGACAACAUCCAAACGGCUAAGAAGGUCCUCAUGGUUCAGGUGAAGAAAAGCAAAGCCUUCAGACGCUUUAAGAAGCUCCAGGAGUCGAGGCCUGAGUUCAGUCAGCAGAAGCUGGAGGAUCUGCUUGAGCUUCCUCUUCAGCGCAUACAGCAGUACAAGCAUUUCUUGAGGGACUUGACAGAGAACACCGGUCCAGACAACCCGGAGUUUCAGCAGCUUUCAAAGGCAGUGAAGGCCAUCUCAGAGGUCGCCCAGCGGAUCCAGGACAACGCUCGCAGCCAUGAGAACCACCUGCAGCUGCGCAGAGUCCAGAAACAGCUGAAGGGCCGAAAGACCAGAAUCCUGACUCCAGGGAGGUGGUACAUUCGGGAAGGCUGGCUUAAGACAGUGCCCCCUAAAGGCACGGAGGCAAAGCCCAAGAUGUUUUACCUCUUCUCUGACAUCCUGCUUCAGGCCAAACCAUGCAGUCCUAUGCAUCCUACCAAUGGGGAUAAGUUUACCUGCCAGCGAGUCUACCCUUUGAAGGAGUGCACAGUGGACAAAGUUUUUGGACACACCAAGAGCCAGGGAGGCCUUAUUAGUUUGACCUUCGCCAGGGCCAAGCUGCUCUUAAUGUCUGACGAUCAAGUGGACAUUAACGAUUGGUAUCGUAGUCUCUGCUUGACGAUUGGGCAGUUGAAGUCCAGGAAUACAGUGGUUCACAGGAGAGAUGAGCUGUGCAGGACACCCAUCAGAUCAGACGCAGAUGACCAGAGCUCAACAGAGAGCCAGAACACACGAGGAACUAAAAGAGCCAUGAUGUUGGAUGAUGAAGUGAGGGAGGAGAGCAGCAGAUCACUGUCUUCAACAGAGGAGAGCAGCCGCAGCGCCACCAAGAGGAGAAAACCUGAUCAAACUCCUGCUGACGGCAGAUCGCAGGAGUCAUCAGGAUCGAGCUGUGUGAUACUGUGAAGAGCUGAAGAUCUGCUGAAGACGGAGGAUUGAAGGUGAUUUAGGCUGAAUGUAAAGCAAUGCACAUCUACCUACACACUGCUGAGUUGUGCUCUGUAUGCCAAAAAAAAAGAUUCCACAAUGCAGGGUUAUUGCUUUUAAGCAUAUUUACUGUUGACGUUUUAAAAACCUGUAUACUGAGAUGUCUUUAUUUUAAGCGUAGUCUGAUGCACAAUAGCAAAAACCUAACAAGAAUGCAUCAUGUAGGCUAUAGUAACUGAAUAUGUAUCCAGUCACUACUCUUACAUAUUUUUAUGAGUAUAUUUUAUGCCAUUAAUGUUUAUUAUCCCAUUUUUAAUAUGAAAUAAUGUGGUGCAAUAAGACUAUUUGAUAUGCAUGUGAUUUUAAUCGCUUACACACUGGAGAAAAAGGGAGAAGCUGCUUUUAAGCGGUGUGUGUUGAAUAUCGCAUUAAUUUUGAUCAUACUCUAAUGCAAAACGUAUACAUUUGCUUGUGUUGGCUUGUCUUAAUCAAGCAUUUACUGUCGGAUCUGUUUAAUUUCUUACUGAACUCUGUUACACUGGUCAUUAUUAUAUUUUGCUUGUGAAUGAACAAUAAAAGCUCAGUGAUUUGCUC